AUGCUUCCAGAAGUCAGUAGUAUCCAUGCCAAGGUCGCAGUCAGUGGCGAUGCACACCAAGCCAAAGUUGCACAGGAUCUCUUUCGCCAGGAGGUGCGAUACGAAAGAUCGCUGCAGAUCCGCGAAGACAUCCGUGAUGUCAACAAGUGCAUGUACUUUGUUCGCAAGGUGUCAUUGUCAAUCAUAGUCCAGACCCAUGUCCUGAUGGGCAGCAUCAUUCUCGCCGUGUGCUUCAGCAUGUCCAUCGAAGGUCUUGACAAGUUGGCUGAAUCGAUGCCAAUGAAGCCUGGCGUCAGGUUCACUUUUGUGGCCUUGUGGCUGGCCUUGCGCUUUCAAAUGAAGAUUUCAGGGAGCGCACGUGAGCGCCUGCUACGGCGCCAUAGAUUUAUGGUUCCCGACGACCUUGUCGUUGGCAAGAUGGGUGGGGAAAACCUGGUCAACCAGAUGGCGAACUUUCAUAGCUGGGUGCUCGAAACUAUGGAUGACAUGGUGUCAGCCCAGACAGACGAGGAGACACUGCGGGAGAAGUGCCAGCCAAUCUUCUUGAAGCAAGCUGCUCGACCGCUUCGCGUGCCCGUGGAAAGCUUGGACUCGAACGACAUUGAUGCCGAGCCGUUGCGAAAGGGUUUUCAUGCUUGGCACCACGAAAGUGGAAAGGGCUACUCGCAAAACAAGACGCUGGAAGUUCCAUAUUUCCUGGUGGGAGAAACUUGUGUGCGGAUGCAGUGGCUGAUGCUCGCUAACGGGCCGUCGCUCAAGAUGAGAGUGUAUGGUGAUGCGACACUCUAUGUUUCUGCUCAAGUUUUUCCAGGUGACGCGGUUUUACCGCAACCGUCUGAGAGAAAGUCAAAGACUUCUCACACCUCUGGCGGGUCAUCGCCGCAGAGCCCCGUAAGUGCUGCUGGCGUGCGGAAGGCAUUGCGCCUAGAAAGUACUGUGCCUGCGUGGCCUGCGGAUGAGCUCCCAUUGGUCCGCACUGGCUUCAACGAAAAGUGGCGAGGUGAGAGCGGCUAUGGCGAGUUCCGGCGAGUUGAAGGCUUUUCUAUUUUCGUAGACACGCAGAACGCAAUGGAGCUUCCUCUCUACAAGAUUGUACUGGCUAGUCCAAGCGACUUCGACGAGGAGUACAUCGAUGUGGUUAUCCAGUGGAACUUCAAGACGGCAUGCGAGGCGCUGACAGUCGUUUUGCGCCGUGGGCAUGUGCACUGCAAAGAGGAGGAUUUCCCUCUCUUCGAGUUCAACACUGAAGUGAAAAAGAUGUUGCCUUUGAGACGCUACGCGGGAAACUUUUUGGCCGAAGGCACCAUUUGCCUGCUGGUGGCGACCUGUCUGCUGAUGACGGGCAGGAUGUAUAAUCUAAACAUCACGGCGGGAAUCCCGUGGGCGUUUGAGGUUGCAUUGUCGUUUGUGGCGCUCCUUCCCGGAUGUGUGCUCCUUCGAAUCAUGCCUGUCGAGACGGCGCAAAGCGAGGUUUUGCAGAUCGCUGAAAUGAACGUGCAGCCCGCAGUGCACCGUGAUUCGGGCGCGGCGCGCUCCGACAGCGCCGGCUCGGAGCUGGACGAGGAGAACUACACCUCCGACUUGGCUGACCGACUAGCGGCGAUGGAAGCACUCGAGAGGUCCGGCUCCGAAGAUGAAGAAAGUGCCACUGCGCAGGGGGACUUUCAGGGUGCAUCGCCAAGUUCGGCUUCAGUUCAACGGACGGAGAUGUCUUCCAUGUCCUUUGGAUGUUGCUCUCCAGAGUCGGCACCGUGUCGAGAAGUGAUUCAAGCAGCCAGUUCAAAGGUCAACGCAGUAACGACGAGUUGCCAGAACGUGUGGCGUGUGCCUCCAGAUUCACAUGCGGGCACAAAGCGAUAUCGCCGAAGGGUGUCAGCAUACAGCGACCCGCGGACCUAUGCAAAAACCAAAGCACCGGAGACGCGUGCUGCGCGUGUCAAGAGCAGCUUGAAGGCUCUCUGGGCAGACCUCAACCAUGGAAAGGCCCAGAUCACUACAGUUCUGGACGGUCGCGACCUUGUGACAGCGGAGGAGCAUUUAGCCGAAAUGGGUGUUCGUGGCCGAUGGGCCAAGCUUUUUGCUUCGGAGCGUUCUUGCCAGCUCGCUGAGCUGCUACGAUGUGACACGAGGUUGGGUGGCACUUCCCACGGAAUGGUGAGCCUCCAUUCUUUCAGCCCACUGCCGCUGCCUGGGCAGGCAGCACGCUUGUCGCCGCCGCAAGCCUACAUUCGGCUCGAAUCGUGCUGCAACAUCAACAAGCCAUACCAGUGGAAGUGGCAAGUCAGGCUUCCGGUGGUAUCCUACAAAAGUUCGCAGCCGUGGAAAGUGGGGGGUACCAACCAGUGCGGAGCUGUGCACGUCGGAGUUCACACCCCGAUGGAUGCACAGGUCCUUGAGAACAUUUUGAUGCCGAGGUCGGACCGAUACUCACCGUGCCGGGCAACGUGCGAGGUGGGAAUGGGACUGCUGGACGAGCAUGUUGCAGUUAUCAGCGAUGAGGGUGUGUUCCGCACGGUUGAGCUGAAUUCGUCUUGGAUCAACUCCACUUCCAGAGAUGCCUCGGAGGGACCAUUGGGACUCUUGAUGGAGAGCGAUCAAGCGGUGGCCGCGGCAGCGCUGCUGCCUCUGGCCCAAGGGGGGGCGGAGUUAUCUGCUGCCUCGCUGAGCGGUGGAGACCUUCCGGGCACAGCAGCGGCAGUGGCCGUCGUCGGCUCCGACGGACUGCUCCGCCUUUGUCGCUUACCAUCUUCACCAGGAGAGCCGUUGGAAGUGCUGCUGGAGCUUACCCUUGGUUUGGGGCAGGUUCAGGGUUUGCGACUAUGCCGUGCAGCAGCUUGUGGCAGCAAUGAGGCCGUCCUUUGGGUUGCCGACUCACAGAGCAGCGUCCAUGCUAUCAGCCUUGACUCCGGUGACAUUCGUGCGACCUUCGCUGCAGAUCUUCCAACAAGAGGAGCGCGUGUCGUCGCCUUGAGUGGCAACAGCUCCCAUUUGGCUGCUUUGCUGGUGCUAGACAGCCUGGAGCCACAACUGGUUGCAGCACAAUACCCUAUUCUGGGCAUGGCAGGCAAAGGGCGCUCCGCGGUUGCAGCUGGCCCGCUGGGUGCUGGCGAGGUCGUUUUGAGUGAGCAGCCUUGGGCGGUGGUGCUUCUGCCAGGGCAACAUCAGCGCUGUGACUUCGACCUCAGCAACGAUGGAAAGCUCCUGCAAUGUCGGGCAACCGGAUUGCAGUUUGCGUCCAAGGACAAUCAGCGUGCAGCUGGAGAUUUGUAUUACAAGGCUUGCUCUCACCGGAGUACGCUAUCUGUGCCUGAGUUGUAA